UUGUGUAACAAUACCUGAAGUGUAACAGAAAGAGAAGAUAGUUUUGGUUUGCAUGGGACAUUAGUUUGGUUUGGUUUGGCAUGAUUGCGCUGUUAUCUCGGCCGGCGGCGAGUUGUGCAGUGGGAGAAUUGUUUAGUGGCGGCCGGAAUUUGAUCACCAAAUGGCUGCAACCGCUCCCGGAUCGGAUUCUACUCCUCCAUCACCAACUGAACCCGAACCCGAACCCGAACCCGAACCCAAAAGUCCACCACCUAAAGAGUCCCCUCCUCCGUCACCAGUCCCUUCAUCUCCUCCUCCAUCAUCUCCGCCCCCGUCUUCUCCUCCGCCCCAUGAUAAGACGCCUCCACCGGCACCACCGGCAGCAUCGCCACCGCCGGCUCCAAUUAAUAAUCCCCCACCAGUACCAACUCCGGUCGCUCCUACCCCUAAUGGAACGCGAGUUUCUCCUCCGCGAGGUGUAUUUUCUCCGCCGCCUCCGCCACGAAAACAGAAUCCGGGAUCACCAAAGUCUCCUUCCAACGACGAUUCAUCUUUACCGAAUAAUGCGGCAAUCAUCGCUGGAGCCGCUGUGGGGGCUCUAGUAUUGAUUCUUAUCUUAGCUAUCAUUUUGGUAGUGUGUAUAAAGAGGAAAAGGAAACAGAAGCCCUAUUACAUGGACUAUAGAGACCGUGGACAUCCAUACAGAGGCGGGGAGCACGUGGUUAGGGUUCCGCCGCCACAAGGGAUGAUGGGGACACAACUAGGCGGCGGCGGUGGUGGUGGUUGGGGUCCGCCUCCGAUGAAUGGAAGCACAGAGUACACUCCCCCAGGUUUCUCCGCUGCGUAUGCUACUCCCAUGCAGCCUCUGCCGCCUCAUUCACCAAGGGGGAUUGGCAGAAUUACACCGCCGACUUCCUUGACGUCUCCUUCACCGAUGGGCGGGUUCAACCAGAGCCAAUUCACGUACGAGGAACUAGCUGCCGCCACGGCGGGGUUUUCUCAGGAUAAUUUGUUGGGGCAAGGCGGUUUCGGUUACGUUCACAAAGGCGUCCUCCCCGACGGACGAGAAGUCGCCGUCAAGAGCUUGAAAUCCGACAGCGGGCAAGGGGAAAGAGAGUUUCAGGCUGAAGUUGAGAUCAUUAGCAGAGUUCAUCAUCGUCAUCUCGUCUCCCUUGUUGGAUAUUGCAUUGUUCACGCCCAGAGAAUGCUGGUUUAUGAAUUUGUCCCUAAUAACACCUUGGAAUUCCACCUUCAUGGAAAGGGCCAGCCAGUCAUGGAGUGGCCAAUCAGGCUCAAAAUUGCAAUGGGAUCGGCUAAGGGAUUGAGUUAUCUCCAUGAAGAUUGUCAUCCUCGGAUUAUCCACCGUGACAUCAAAUCUGCAAACAUUUUGCUUGAUAACCAAUUUGAAGCCAUGGUUGCUGAUUUUGGGUUGGCAAAACUAUCUUCUGAUAAUAACACUCAUGUAUCAACUCGUGUUAUGGGAACUUUUGGAUACUUGGCUCCAGAAUAUGCAUCUAGUGGAAAGCUAACAGAGAAAUCUGAUGUUUUUUCAUUUGGAGUCAUGCUCUUGGAAAUCAUAACCGGGCGUCGACCCCUCGAUCCUACCAAUAUCACCAUGGAAGACAGUUUAGUAGACUGGGCUAGGCCACUUCUUGCUAAAGCUAUUGAAGAUGGGAACUAUAAUCAAUUGGCAGAUCCGCGCCUAGAAGGCAGGUAUAACUCCCAAGAGAUGGGUCGCAUGGUUGCUUGCGCAGCUGCUUCCAUUCGUCAUUCUGCUAAAAGACGUCCCAAGAUGAGCCAAAUUGUGCGUGCUUGGGAUGGAGAUUUUUCACUGGAUGACUUGAAUGAAGGCGUGAGGGGGGCGGGGGUGCGCUCGUCGGCUAGCGAAUCUAGUUUGUACGACACCCGUGCGUACAAUGCAGACAUGUUGAAAUUCAAGCAGAUGGUAAUGACCAACAAUGAGAGCAGUGAAUAUGGAGGCGAGUUUGGUCACGACCGGCCCUCCACCUCCACGACAAGCUUAGGCGACUCCGGAGAACAUUAUCAGCCACAUAGGGGGCAACAACAACAUCAUCAACAACAACAAAAGUAUUUUAUAUAGACCAUACCACACUAUACAUAUAUACAUAUACCAAUAAUUUGUGCUUCCAAUUCCAACACAAAACUAAAGCUCUUUGAGUUAUCAUCUUGGGGAAUCAAUUUUUAAGAUUCUAACCUUUAUUCCUGGAACACACUACAAGAAAAACAUAUAAAUAGAGACGGGAUCAUGUAAUGGCCGGCACUAUCGGUUCUCUGAUUUCCAUGGCUUCGAGAUGCAUGGUACAUGAGUUGUUCAUUAUCCUUGUGUUACCUAAGAAAAAUGUCUUUGUUGUGACAAACGAAGCACAAUUCGAAUUUGAAUUAUCAUUGUAAUGUUUCUCAUUGGCUGUAAAUGCCUUCAAAUAAUCAAAUCCAUUGUC